AUGAGCGAUCCCGUGCAACACGAGGUGAUUGAACUCGAUCCGGUACAGUCGACCGACCCCCUGAUGUACAUACGCGCUUGCAUUGCUUACACAGACAACCAGGAUGCCUUGGACGGACAAGAGUCAGCCCUGGGUGACGAUUCAGAGAGCUAUACCACGUCACUGAAGUCCAGCAUCCUCCAGUACAAGUACGAGAACGGGCGCAGGUACCAUGCCGACAUCAAAGACAAAUCGUACUGGAUGCCCAACGACGAGAAGGAGCUGGACCGGCUCGACCUCUACCACCACAUCGUCCUGCUCCGCUGCGACGGCAAGCUCCACCUGGCCCCGAUCGGCGAGAACCCCCAGCGCAUCCUCGACAUCGGCGCCGGGACCGGCAUCUGGGCCAUGGAGAUGGCCGAGGCCUACCCCUCGGCUGAGGUGGUCGGCAACGACCUGAGCCCGGUGCAGCCGUCCUUCGUGCCGCCGAACGUCAAGUUUGAAAUCGACGACGUGGAGGAGGAUUGGCUGUACAGCACGCCGUUCGACUACAUCCACUGCCGCUUCAUGGCGGGGUCUCUGAAGGACUGGCCGCGCCUGAUGCGACAAGCAUUCCAACACACCAAGCCGGGCGGCUGGGUCGAGUUCCAAGACUUCGAGAUGCGCUUCUACACGCACGGCGGCGACUUCUCGCCAGGGUCGCCGCUCGACCGGUGGUGCGACGAGCUGAUCGCGGGCAUCACCGCCGCCGGCUUCGACCCGGAGCCGGGCCCCAAGCUCGAAGGGUGGGUCGCGGCCGCGGGCUUCGCAAACGUCACGCACCGCCUGUUCCCCAUCCCGACCGGCACCUGGCCCCGGGACGCCGGGCUCAAGCGCAUCGGCGCCUUCGACCUCGUCCAGUUCCUCGAGGGCCUCGAGGCCAUCUCGAUGCGCACCAUGACGCAGCUGCGCGGGUGGACGGCCGACGAGGUGCAGGUGUUGCUGGCGAAGCUGCGUCUGGAGCUGAAGAACCCGAGGAUGAGGAUCCAGCAUAACAUGCAUGUGGUGUAUGCACAGAAACCCUUUGAGUGA